AUGAAUGAACCAUGCUAUGAAGAAGUCCAGGAUUUUUAUACAUCUGACCUCAAGAAACCUUUGCUUGAGAAGGAAGUGAAGGCCAUGGGCUGGAAAGUGAAGCAGCAGCUCUGGUGUUUCUAUUACUUGCCCACGUGUGUGUGUUUGCCUCUGUUUUGCCUGAUGGGCACUCUGCUGGGACAUCCUCAGUGUCUGUAUUAUGGGCUGCCUUUCCAGCCCCCUUUGCCCUUGGAGUUCUUCUAUGAAAACUUUGGCUGCUGUGACCAGGAGAGAGACAACAGCAUUGCAGCAAAAUACUGGGACAUCAUAGAUUACAUGGAUCCCCAGGGGCAUAAACUGUGUGGAACAUACAUCAAAGAUAUCCUGUGUCAGGACUGUUCUCCAUAUGCUGCACAUCUCUAUGAUGCAGAAAACCUAUGGACCCCGCUGAGAAGCCUACCAGUGCGCUGUAACAUACCAGGACUUUGUAUUGACUACUGCUACUCUGCCAUCCGCCUGCUGACUGGUGACAAGCACAUCCAGGAGUGCUGCAAGACGAACAGGACCCACUUCUGCCACCUCCUGCAGCUCCAGGAUGAGGACUACUGUUUCCCCCAGGUGCUGCAGAACUUGUUCCUGAGCUGCAGCCUGGGCUUGCUGCUGGAGCAGUGUAGGGGCUGUGUCCAGCUGUGCCUGGCUGAGGUUGCCAGUGGCCUGAGGAACCCGGUGCUGAUUGCCCACGCUGCUGACGGGACCCACCGCGCCUUCACAGCCGAGCAGCUGGGCCUCAUCCUGGCCUGCCUACCCAAUGGCAGCUGGCUGGAGGAGCCAUUCCUGGAUAUUUAGAGCCUGCUGCUGGCUGCCCCAUGGCUAGCAGAUAAGAGGGGCUUCCACCCCAAGCAGAAGGACAAGGGGGAGUUCUAUAUCUGUUACUCACACGUGGCUGAGAACCGAGUGGGAAAGAUCAGGAUCAAUUAAUUGAAGGUUUUGGCAUCUGAUGCCAACAAAAUUGACCCAAGCUCUGAAAGGAUUCUCCUGGAGCUUGAGGAACCAGCUGCAAAAGACCCUUUUGGAAAAUAUGGGAAUACUCAGAACAAGAGCACUUUGUUGGGGAAAGUGUUGAGGAUUGAUGUGGAUGGAAGAAACCCUGAUGGAAAGCCUUACCACAUCCCUUCUGAUAAUCCAUUCAUGUCUGAUCCCAAAGCUUGCCCAGGGGUUUAUGCCUAUGGGGUCAGGAAAUGGUGCUGUGCAAUGGACAGAGGGGACCCUAUCACAAAAAAAGGAAGAGGGAGGAUAUUCUGUGGGGAUGUCGGGUAGAACAGGUUUGAGGAAAUCAGCCUCAACCUCAUUGUUAAAGGAGGGAAUUAUGGCUGGAGAGCAAAGGAGGGGUUUGAAUGCUACAACACAAAGCUUUGCUACAAUUCCUCCAUGGAUGACACUCAGCCCAUAUUUGCAUAUGGCUGCAGUGUGGACAAGUCAGUUACUGGAGGCUUUGUCUACAGGGGAUGUGAAUCACCCAACUUGAAUGGCCUUUACAUUUUUGGUGAUUUCCUGAGCAGUCAAUUUAUGGCUUUACAGGAAGAUAAGAAGACAAAUAAGUGGAAGAAACAGGAUAUCUCUGUUGGCAGUACAACAUCUUGUGCUUUCCCUGGAAUGAUCAGUUCCUACAGCAAAUUCAUCAUCUCCUUUGCUGAGGAUGAAGCAGAUGAACUGUAUUUUAUGUCUACUUCUUAUCCCAGUGCCUUUACACCACGUGGAUCGCUCUACAAGCUCAUCGAUCCUGCAAGGAGAGCUGCACCAGGGAAGUGUAAAUACAAGCCUGUUCCAAUGAAAACAGAGAGCAAACGGAUACCAUUUCUUACAUGAGCAAAGACUGUCCUUGAGCUGCGAAAUGAACCUUCAAGAACCAUGCCUUCAAAAAAACCUUCUACCCUCACUGCAGCCAACCCAAGAGUUUCUUCUAACAAAGCAAAAAAGACCACAUCCACCAAAGUAAAAGCAUCAACAGGAAAACCAGCUCCAUCUGAGAGACAGGGAAUCAAAGCUGAGGCUAAACCUCACAAGGGAGAGAAGACUGGACACAACUCCAGAACUGCACCAGCACCACCUUUGCCAAAAAAGAAGAGCUCCCACCUAGCCAGAAUCAAGGAGGUUCUUCCAAAGAAAGCAGCACUACCUGAGGGAAAAGUGGAGAAGACAAGCAAAAUACCUUUUAAAGCUCAGUGUUGUCCCAGAAAAAGCAAGCAGCUUAUAAAAUGGCUCCCCCCCGCGGGGCUGCGGAGUCCCUGCCUCCGUCAGGGCUGGGCCCGGGGCAGCCCGUCUGUGGGCGCCGCACCUGCGACACCCCCGGGCCUGAGCUGGGCCUCUGGAGGUCCUCUGGGGAAAAGCUGCCCUUGGCGGGGGAGGGAAUCCAGCUCCAGCGCCCCCUCGCCCUCGGCGUUACCCGAGGGUGACAGGGGGCCUUUCCCGUCGGCGGGAAUGAGCGGCGGGCGCGCCUACCGCGGACUGAGGGUGGACGUGCCUCGGAGAGGGGAUCGGUGA